AAGAUGGAGAAGUCGAAAAACUUCCGCAUCGACGCGCUGCUGGCGGCGGACAGCCCCAAAGUGCAGACGUCCCCCCUGGCCCUAGUCACCACCGGCACCGGCAACGCCGCCUCGGAGCUCACCAACGCCGGGGAGCCUCUCCGCGCGGAGACGCCGUCCCCUCCGCGGAUAUCCGCCCACGGCCUCAUCCCCAAGCCGGGCUUUCUCAGCGGCCCUCACGGGUUGGUGGGACUGCACCCCCAGAACGGCGGCGGAGGGAUCCCCGCGCAGGCGCUCUACGGCCACCCCGUGUACGCCUACUCUGCGGCGGCCGCGCUCACCGCCCAGCAUCCGGCCUUGUCCUACGCGUCGCCGUACCCCCACGGUUCGCAUCACGGCCACCACCAGCACCACCAAGGCGGGGGGGACCCCAUCAAGCUGAGCGCCAGCACCUUCCAGCUGGACCACUGGCUGCGGGUGUCCACGGCCGGCAUGAUGCUGCCCAAAAUGGCAGACUUCAACUCCCAGGCGCAGUCCAACUUGCUGGGCAAGUGCAGGAGGCCGAGGACGGCGUUCACCAGCCAGCAGCUGCUGGAGCUGGAGCAUCAGUUCAAACUCAACAAGUACCUGUCUCGACCCAAACGCUUCGAGGUGGCCACCUCCCUCAUGCUCACCGAAACGCAGGUGAAAAUCUGGUUCCAGAAUCGGCGUAUGAAGUGGAAGCGGAGCAAGAAGGCCAAGGAACAAGCGGCGCAGGAGGCCGAGAAGCAGAAGGGCGUCAAGGGCGCGCACGGCGGCGACAAGGCCGAGCAAGACGGCGAGCAGUCGGACUACGACGGCGGCGGCAAGACGACGACGAGCAAAAACGGCAGGAUACGAGACUUGAAGGACAGCGACGACGAGGGCGACCGCUUCCUCUACAACUCCUCGGACUGUUCCUCAGACGACGAGCGCAAUCGAACGUGCGACCUCAGCCCGCAGCCUUGA